AAGAUCUCCAUAUAUCAGUAUGGCGCUGAUGCUUAUUGGGCACAUAGAGAUACUACCUGCACUUUUCUGCUUUCUUUUUCUUCUUCUAACACUUCGUUAUUGGACGAAUCACCGAAAUGCGGUCGUUCCCACCAACUGGUCUCUAGUUGGGAUGAUGCCGGGGCUUCUAAAAAAUGUGCCACGCAUCCAUGACUUUGCGACGGAGGCUCUCAAAAGCUGUAAGGGCACAAUGGAGUUCAAAGGCCCUUGGUUUGCUAACCAUGAUUUCUGGGUCACCAGUGAUCCUAUUAAUGUGCGUCACAUUUUGAACACGGGUUUCGCAAACUAUCCGAAAGGGCCUGAAUUCAAGAAGAUGUUCGAACCUUUUGGAGAUGGGAUUAUCAAUUCUGAUUCUGAUUUAUGGAGAAAUCGAAGAAGAAUGUAUCACAUGCUGAUCGGGCAGAGCAAGUAUGAAGCAUUUAUUGAGAAAACCAUCUUGGGAAAGGUGGUGGAUGGCCUAAUCCCACUUCUUGAUCAUGUCAUCCAAUCAGGAAUCCAGGUUGACUUACAGGAUGUGUUUCAGCGGCUCACAUUUGACAACAUAUGCUUGCUGGUUUUAGGCUUUGAUCCUCGUUGUCUUUCUACUGAAUUCCCUAAAGUUGCAUGUAAAAAGGCUUUUGAUGAUGUGGAAGAGAUUAUCUUUCAUCGUCACUUUAAGCCUGAAAGUUGGUGGAAAUUGCAGAGGUGGCUUCAAAUUGGUGGAGAGAAGAAGCUAAACGAAUCAUUGAAAGUGUUUGAUGAUUUCAUAUACAAAUGCAUAGCUUCAAAACGACAUCAACUUUGCAAAUUCGAAAUAAAAGACGAAGACAUGAACUUCGACAUGCUCACGACUUAUAUCAAAAAACAAGAAGAGAAGCAAGAACACAUUGGCGGCUUUUCGAAUUCCGACAAGUUUCUAAGGGACACAGCCCUCAAUCUCAUGGUGGCGGGAGGGGACACCAUAUCUGCUGGUCUAACUUGGUUUUUCUGGCUUGUUUCCACGCACCCACACGUGGAAGCUAAAAUUCUCGAAGAAAUGGAAGAAAAAUUAGGAGCAAAACUACAUCAUGAAAAAAAAUGCAGGGCAUUUUUCAGUGUAAAAGAGGUAAAUAAAUUAGUAUAUUUCCAAGCAGCAUUGUGUGAAACAUUGAGGCUAUACCCACCGAUACCGAUCAAUCACAGAGCCUCAUCUCAAGUUGAUACCCUCCCAAGUGGUCACCAUGUGAAGGCAAACCAGAAGGUUUUGCUUUUUUUCUUUGCGAUGGGUAGGAUGGAAGAGAUAUGGGGUAAAGAUUGCUUGGAGUUCAAGCCAGAGAGAUGGAUUAGUUCCGAUGGAGGGGGAUUGGUCAGCGUACCAACUUACAAGUUCACUGCCUACAAUGCAGGUCCACAAACUUGUCUGGGUAAGAAUAUGAGCUUGAUUGUGAUGAAAGUGGUUGCAGCCACUAUGUUAUGGAAUUACAGGGUUGAAGUGGCAGGGGGACUUCCAAUUUCUCCAAGUUUGUCAAUCGUACUUUAUAUGAAACAUGGUCUCAAAGUUAGUGUUUCGCAUAGAUAAGCAGUUUUUUUAUUUUUUAGAGAGGGCAUAGAUAAGCAGUUUGAUUGCAAAUUUCUUACUUUAUUUUUCUUUUGAAUUAGACUUAAAUAAGUGUUUGUAACCUAUAAACUUGGAGAGAGAGAGAGAGAGAGCACCUGUAUUGAAUUUGUAUGAGUGGCUUUAUUACUUUUCUUUGUCCAUUCAAAUC